AUGCUGCUGGUGAUCAGCGGCUUGUACAUUGGAACUGCAGCAGAGCUCAAUGACAGACAGAGCCUGCUGGAUGCAGGGGUCACUCAUGUUCUGACAGUGGACUGCAUGGAGCCUCCACUGCCCCCGGACUCUGGGAUCUGUACCAAGUGGAUCCACAUUCUGGAUGAGGUCACUGCGGAUCUCCUCAGUCACCUGGACCAAUGUUUCCUGUUUAUUCAAGGGGCUGUGGACGGUGGUGGUGCUGUGCUGGUGCACUGUCAGGCUGGUCGGAGUCGCAGUGCUACUGUCGUAACCGCUUAUUUAAUGAAGAAACUUAAGAUCAGCUUCUCUGAGGCAUACAACAAUCUGAAGAAACUCAAACCUGAUGUUCAAGUCAAUCCAGGCUUUGAGGAGCAGUUAAUCCUGUAUGAAAAUAUGCAGUGUGAAGUGGACACAUCCUCCCCACUCUACAAACAAUACAGAUUAUUCAAGAUCACAGAGAAAUUCCCAGAGUUGCAGAAUGUCCCAAAGGAGGUUUUUGCGGUUGAUCCAGCCAAUUCAUGCUCGUCUGAAGUGACAUACCGCUGCAGAAAAUGCAGACGAACCCUCUUCCGUGACUCGAGUAUCCUCAGUCACGUAGUUGGAGAUGGCGCUUUCCAGCAUAAGAAAUCCUCUAAUAUGUCAGGUCAAGUGCAGUGUACGUCAUAUUUCAUUGAGCCGGUUCAGUGGAUGGAAUCAGCAUUACUCGGAGUCAUGGAUGGCCAGCUCUUGUGUCCUAAGUGCAACUCCAAACUGGGCUCUUUUAACUGGUGCGUCUACGUCACUCCAGCUCCCGGCGUGGACCAUCAGCUGUGCCGCGGUCAACGCUUGAAACGCGGACUGGAGGCGCAUGACCGGAGCCGCACACACACAGAACUCUACGCAGACGUGUGUAGCUCCUUCGUCUCCAUAUCCAUCAAUAGGCGAGGAGGCAAAGAUAACCCCGUCAGCAUUUCUCACAUUGCUCAAAUUCAUAGUCAAGCUUUUGUGCUGACCUUAAGCCUAGGGGCAAACAGGUUGUACAGUAUCACACUGAGCUGGGCCCUUUCAGAGUCAAUGUGCGCGCUGCUGAAUGUGCUGGGUGGCCCGGCUCCAGAGCAUGCGCGGCCCACGUCACUGAGGGUCAGGGGGGCUCUUGAGCUGACCAUCUGGCCCCUGGGGGUUGGUUUCCUCACUGGCCACCAUUGUUUCUUCACAAACAAUUAG